UUGCUCGCAGAGGCUGCCGAGGGACUGCAGAGGGCUGAGCAGCUCGGAACUCUGUUGACCUCAGCUGGUCUGUGAGUCUGUGACGAUUGGGCAGAGCCACUAGGGGAGUGGGCAGUGGUUUCUCUCACUCCUCGGGGCCAGGAGCAGCCUGCCCAAGAAGGAAGCUGGCUUUCCCCGGGCCCAAACAUUCUCACGGCUGCGCCCUGCCCCCCAGGAACGUGGUCAGGGGGGCGGCUGAGAGAUGGAGAACGGCACGGCGGCCCCGGAGGAGGACUACGACGUCCUCAUAGACGGCGACCUGGAGAGCAGCGAGACGCCGCGAUGCGAGGCGGACGCUGCCUCGGUCCUCUCGGCCCAGCUGGUGCGGCUGCUCUGCUCCGCCGUGUUCACGCUCGGCCUCCUGGACAACGUCCUGUUCGUGCUCGUCCUGGUCAAAUACAAAGGCCUCAAACAGCCGGGGAGCACCUGUUUUCUGAACUUGGCACUUUCGAACCUGUGUUUCUCACUCAGCCUGCUGUUCUGGGCCGUGACAGCCCCGGCCGAGGACCACGCCACGUGCAGGGCGUUCGCUGCACUCUACUCCGUGGGCCUCUGCGGGGAGGCGUGCUUCAGUGCCCUUCUGACUGUGCAAAGCUACCUGGCGUCAUCCCACAGGCCAUGCGGUUCCUCAGCCACCAGGAAGAGGCUGCACAGCAUCGUGACCAGCGUCCUGGUCUGGAUGGUCAUCGUCAUCGCAGUCACCUUGCCUGAAUCCAUCUUCUACAAACCUCCGACCGACGGCCAGCGACCCACAUGCUCCUUCAGCAGGCCUCACCUCCUGCCCGUGGAAGACACACUCUGGCAGCGCUUUCUGGCUCUCAGGACGAACGUCCUGGUGCUCGGGCUGCCGCUGUGUGUGCUGGUUUUCUGCUUUGUGCACAUGAGAACAGCACUGAGGCACAGGGCUGGGGGCGACCGGCUUUUCCAGCUGGCUUGUGCCGUCUCGCUCUUCUUCCUGCUGAUGUGGGCGCCCUACAACAUCGCGCUCUUCCUGGCCGCCUUCAAGGACAACCUCUCCCUGCACGGCUGCCAGCACACGUCCCACCUGCACACAAGUGUGCAGGUCACCAAACUCCUGGCCACUGCCCACUGCUGCGUCGCCCCUCUCCUCUGGGUGCUCCUUGAUGAGCCCUUGCGGAACACCCUCAGCCGCCGGUUCCCUGCGUGCCACUGCUCCCCACGCCGCCCCAGCUCCCCACGCCGCCCCAGCCAGGGGUCUGCACGAGCUUCGCCGGAGGAAGACCGUGACCUCUCCACUCACUUGUGAACUGGCUGCCAUCAAGGGCAGGACAAAUAAACACGGCUGUCUGUCUCUUUGCA